CAUCAGCCCGCAGCCCACCUCGCGCGCGUCCGAAAGUUGUCCCGAACCUGACCCGGACUGUCGCCACCUUUGUGUCCGGAUCAUCCCCAAACGUCUACAAAAUGUCUCCGUUUUGUUAAUUGGGCUUCCUAACCUAUAUUUUUCUCGACCGCCCGAUAACGAUCGGAUGGACCGUAUAGCCCCUAAACUUAAUCCCACCGAUAUAUAUAAGAGGACCAAACCCUAAAAUCUAUGGAGAUGUCCCAUCCAUCAAAUCCUCCGCCGCCACCACUGUUUUUCUCCCACCUCGGGAUCCCCUUCGCACCAACCACACACUACCUCUCAAUCCCCACUCAGCCAACCACCGAGACCACAACCACCUCCUCCCACCUCAGGAUCCUCCCAGAUCACCAUCGUCAAACCCACACACCUCGCCGAUCUCCGCUGCUCUUCGCUUCCCAACCGCUGCAACAGGGAGCAUGCCAGGCGCCAUGGCCACCGAAGGAACUCCACCGCCUCACCGAAUCCACGCCUCCAUCUCUCCCCUGCAUCAAGGUCGCCAUCCCUGCUGGACCUGCAGGACGCCAAGUCCAACGCCAUGGGCACCUCCUCUGCCCGAUCCCGCCUCUGUCUCGACUUCGCCGUGCUCCUCCUCUGCCCCGAGCCUCUGCCGUGACCAGCACCGGAGCAGCAGGGCCGCCAGCGCGCCCGUUGCAUCCUCCUCACGCGCCUGCCGCCCUCGCCUUCUCUCUUCUUCCCCUUUUUCGUUCGGCUUCUUUGAUUAACUCUCUCUCUCCCUGUCCUUGCCUCAAACAGGAGCACCAGCCGGUGCCACCAUCAUCGGAGAUGGGCUCCCGCCGGCCGAAUCCGACGUGGCCCGUGUCCUCGGCCUCGUUCCCGCCUCCAGGGCACCGCGCCGCCCACAAGAGACCACCUGCGCUGUCCGCCAAGUCCCUGCCGCCCCUGCAUCCCCUGCAACGAGCUGGAGCUCGCCCGAUGCCACCUCGCCUCCCUGACCCGAUUGGACACCAGAUCCGGCCAUCUCCGAUGCAUACCCGCCGGUUCCCGUCGACCCCGUCGCCAGAACCUCCCCGGCGCUUGCGUCGCCCUGAACCUGUCGCUGCAGGUUUCCUUCAGAAUGAGAAGAGCAGCUCACCACCCCGCUCGACCGGAUUGACCGCACCUCCACGCGCCUGGGCUGCCUCCUCUUCGUUUGUUGACCGAGGCCCAGUCCCCACCUCCACAGAUCUGGGCCUUUGGCCCAUGGUGAGCAGCACCCGAGCCCCUAUGCAAUGUUGGGCCGGCCUCUGUUUCGGCCCAUAGUUUUUUUUCCUUUGUGCGAUUUUAUCAUUUUCCAGAGACUGUGGUUUUUAAAGAAAAGCCCAUGUUCUUCAUGCAUUUAAUAACUUCACAACCGUGCAUCGGAUCUAAAUAAAUUAUAUAUGAAAGUUGCUUAUAAUUUUGUCUAGUUUAAUAAUAUGCAACUUUCA